CUCUCGCUAGUCCUCGCCGCAGCGCCCGCGAGUCUAGUGCAGUGGAGAGGCCUGAGGGGCCGAGGGAAGAGACCGACUUCGGUUGGGAUGGGUGAUCGCGCCAAGAAGGGUCCAAAACGCAGUCCUCUAGCGCAAUUAGCCACCAUGCUACAGACGCGGCAGACAGGCGGCUCCUCCACGCCGGGAUGCAGCCCGCAGCACCAGCCGCGGCAGUCGCAGCAGGCCGCCAGCGCGCCGUGGCGGCCGGGCGACGGCUGGUACCGCGAGGGCAACACGCCCCCAGUGCAGGACGCGCCGACGGCGUCCCGGAGCGCGGCGGCGGCGGCGACCAAGACAGGGCCGCUGGUGUCCAAGGCCCAGAUGAAAGAGUUCCGCGAGGCGUUCAGCCUGUUCGACAAGGACGGCGACGGCAGCAUCACGCAGGAGGAGCUGGGCCGCGUCAUGCGCUCGCUGGGGCAGUUCGCGCGCGAGGAGGAGCUGCACGACAUGCUGCGCGAGGUGGACAUCGACGGCGACGGCUGCUUCAGCUUCGAGGAGUUCGUGGAGAUCGUGUCCAACAUGGGCGCCAACAGCAGCGACAGCGCGCCCUCGGCCGACCAGGAAGAGAAGGAGCUGCGGGACGCUUUCCGGGUGUUUGACAAACACAACCGGGGCUACAUCGUGGCGUCCGACCUGCGCGCAGUGCUGCAGUGCCUCGGAGAGGACUUGUCGGAGGAAGAAAUCGAGGACAUGAUCAAGGAAGUGGAUGUUGAUGGGGACGGACGCAUCGAUUUUUACGAGUUCGUCCACGCCCUGGGGGAGCCCGGCGACGGGGACAGCGACGGCGACGAAGACUGCGACGAGGAUCAGGGGGGCGGUGAGGGUGGCGAGCAGGACGAGCACGACCUCCAGCUCGUGGUGGACUGCGUCUGAGCGAGGACCAGCUACGAUAUUCUUAUUUUUUUGCGGUCCUAUGUAUGUUCAGAUCUCUGAUUCGUAAUUCCUUCUUGUAAUAAUUGCUCUUUUUCUCUCUAAUCGCGAUCGCGGCAUAAAGGCACAUUAAAAAAAUAUUGGGAGACAAACGAUGCCUUAUUUUGACCAAUAGAGUACCCCUGAACGUCUCAUAAAAUGAUAUGAAUAAAGUUGGAAAAGGAUCUGAAAUUUUGUACCUAGCUCCUGGGCGCUCUCCCUGGGCUAGUGCUGGAUGUGUCAUUGGCUGACAUAAUGUGCCAAAAACCCGUGUCAGGUAUGUCGACAUUUGUUGCGAGUGUGCACCUUGCUGUCAUAGAUUUCAAUGGGGCGUUUUGUUUCUGCCCUCGUCUUUAAAAUUUUAUUCUUCUUGUGAUUCUGUUUUUUGUUUGUUUUGUUUUUGUUUUGGAAUUUGGCACGCAGUUAUGUUUGUCCUCCGCCUUCUACUUUGAAAUCAAACUUUCUGUGAGUCUUUGCACGGAGUUUAAACCUCCAUUAAUUAGUUGUUAAGUCAGUUUUUAUCGUUGGUUCAUACUGUUACGUCACUUUUUGAAAGUUCCAUUUGUUGUUAAAUAAAAAAGACACCCUUCUAGAAGAAA